GCCACCGAGCUUGCCCUCCUCACGGCGGCGCGGCCGGUAGGCGUCCGCUUCAUGUGCGUCUCGUCGGUGGUGCUCUCCGCGCGGCUGGCCUUCAUCACCAACCGCUGGAUCACGUGGGCGGAGCUCUUCCGGCCCGACGAGGAGCAAGACGGCGCGGGAGGGGCGCGGGGCAUGGGGUGCUGCACUCGCCGCACGGCGGCUGGGUGGCGCGACGCGGCGCGUCGGCUUGCGCGGUGGUCGCUGCGCGCGCUGCACACGCGCGCUGGCCACUGGCUGCCCUGCCUCCUCUUCACCUACUGCCAGACGCGCUGGUGCCACGUGCCGACCAUCCCCGUCGUCGCGCUCGCCGGCGGUGUGGCGCUGGUGUGCGUGCUGAGUGACUGCCUCGUCUUCCCGCGCUAUGGCCCCGUGCGGUGCGCGCUCGAGGCGCUGUGCGCGCUUGCGUCCCGGCCCACGCGGUGGUGGUGGGCCAAGGCGGCGCCGGUUGAGCUGCAGAAACUCUCAGCCAAGAAACAGUGA